CGCACUCAGCGCUGUCGUCUCCGGGGCCAGAGCAGCAGGGGCCGCGGCGUUUGAGUGGAGGAAGAUGGCGUCUCCGUGAGGCUCGGGGUCCCGCCAGCUGUGAGGGGCCCCGAGUGCGGCAAGUGCGGCCUGAGGCGGAGCGCCUCUGGCCCUGCCCUGUCUUCGGCUCCCUCAUCGCUGUCGCCAGCGGAGCGAACCUGAGAGCGUGGCGCGGGCUGGGCCAGCUGUCGAGUGGAAUGUCAUGGCCAGCUCCACAGACAGUGAAGAUGACAGUUUCAUGGCUGUGGACCAAGAAGAAACUGUGUUGGAAGGGACAAUGGAGCAAGAUGAAGAACCCCACCCAGUAUUGGAGGUUGAGGAAACUAGACAUAAUAGAUCCAUGUCUGAGCUGCCAGAAGAAGUUUUGGAGUACAUCCUGUCCUUUCUUUCACCAUACCAGGAACACAAAACGGCAGCCCUUGUCUGUAAACAGUGGUAUCGACUUAUCAAAGGUGUAGCCCACCAGUGUUAUCAUGGUUUCAUAAAGGCUGUCCAGGAAGGAAACAUUCAGUGGGAGAGUCGGACUUACCCUUAUCCUGGAACCCCAAUCACUCAGCGGUUCUCACAUAGUGCAUGCUAUUAUGAUGCUAAUCAGUCCAUGUAUGUGUUUGGAGGCUGUACCCAGAGCAGCUGCAAUGCUGCCUUCAAUGACCUCUGGAGACUUGACCUAAAUAGCAAAGAGUGGAUCCGACCUUUGGCUUCAGGUUACUGGGGCCUGAGGUCCUUUUGUCAGAUCUGCUGUGUGAAUGCCAAGAGUAACGUGCUUGGAGUAUGGCACCUUGCUUGGCAUCUAUAUGAUUGUAACUUCAUGAAAAUCAGCUGUGCAGGCCCGGGAGCUCCCGAGUCCUUCAUUCUCAUGUCCUUACCUUACAGGAGCAAUGAUGUCUGGGUCCUUGACCUCGAGCAGUGGGCAUGGUCCAAGCCGAACAUCUCUGGCCCCAGUCCUCAUCCUCGAGGUGGCCAAUCUCAGAUUGUCAUAGAUGAUGGAACUAUCUUAAUCCUCGGAGGGUGUGGCGGUCCCAACGCCCUAUUCAAGGAUGCUUGGUUGUUGCACAUGCAUUCGUGUCCCUGGGCCUGGCAGCCACUCAAGGUAGAAAAUGAAGAUCACGGGGCCCCAGAACUGUGGUGCCACCCAGCUUGCCGGGUGGGGCAGUGUGUGGUGGUCUUCAGCCAGGCUCCUAGUGGGAGAGCCCCACUCAGCCCCAGCUUGAACUCUCGCCCAUCACCUAUCAGUGCCACUGCUCCAGCCCUCGUUCCUGAAACCCGAGAGUACCGCUCUCAGUCUCCCGUGCGGAGUGUGGAUGAAGCUCCUUGCGUCAAUGGUCGCUGGGGAACCCUGAGGCCCAGAGCUCAAAGGCAGACCCCCUCAAGUUCUCGAGAAGGGAGCCUUUCCCCAGCAAGAGGAGAUGGCUCCCCCAUCCUCAAUGGGGGGAGUUUAUCUCCAGGAACAGCAGCUGUAGGUGGCUCUUCCUUGGACAGCCCGGUACAGGCCAUAUCUCCUAGCACUCCAUCCACCACCGAAGGAUACGACCUGAAAGUCGGACUCUCUUUGGCCCCCCGACGAGGGUCACUACCAGAUCAGAAAGAUCUGAGAUUAGGAUCCAUAGAUCUGAAUUGGGAUCUGAAACCUGCUCCCAGUAGCAAUCAUAUGGAUGGUGUGGACAACAGAACAGUUGGGGGAAGUAUGAGACACCCUCCUGAACAGACCAAUGGUGUGCAUACCCCACCACAUGUGGCCAGUGCCCUUGCAGGAGCUGUCUCCCCAGGUGCGCUGAGGCGGAGCCUAGAAGCCAUCAAAGCAAUGUCAUCCAAAGGCCCUUCAGCCACUGCAGCACUAAGUCCUCCCCUGGGGUCUUCUCCAGGCUCCCCUGGGAGCCAGAACCUGGGCACUGGGGAAACAGUACCCAUUUCCCGCCCAGGGCCUGCCCAGGGAGACGGACAUUCCUUACCCCCCAUUGCCCGCCGCCUGGGCCACCACCCUCCGCAGUCCCUAAAUGUUGGCAAACCGUUGUACCAGAGUAUGAACUGUAAGCCCAUGCAGAUGUAUGUACUGGACAUUAAAGACACCAAGGAGAAGGGGCGGGUCAAGUGGAAAGUAUUUAAUAGCAGUUCUGUGGUUGGGCCUCCUGAAACCAGCUUGCAUACAGUGGUACAAGGCAGGGGUGAGCUCAUCAUAUUUGGAGGACUCAUGGACAAGAAACAGAAUGUGAAGUACUAUCCAAAAACAAACGCCUUGUACUUUGUGCGAGCAAAGAGAUAAUGUGUUCUAAACCCCUUUCCCUUUCUGUGGCUUUUAAUUUUCCAGUGUGCAAGCAUUUGGACUAAGAAUUGGGAAAACAAAGGACGCAAUUACUCCCAAACCAAAACCCCAGCUCCCGACCUCACCCAUUCCAGGCUGGGAUCAAAUCUCCAUUAAGAAAAAAAAAUUAUAUAUAAAUAUAUAAAUAUAUAUUAUAUAGCCACCUCUGUUUACAAAAAGGGAGCAAUCUCCAUCCUGGUGCAGGUAAAGUGGUUGGCUGUGAUUUAGAAGAGGCUUUGCCACCUUUUCUGCUUUGCUGGUAACUAGAUCAAGAUUUUAGGGAGCAGACUAAUGUCAGAACUUUCCUAAAGAAACUGAAGAGUCCCCAUAAGUCUUUAUGCGGCCUUCUUGGAGUUAGAAAAAGAAAAAUGUGUGUAAGAUGCACAAGUGGGGGCUUCAGAUUCACAUGCUUCAGGUGUUGGUGGGGUUAAAGGAGCCUCCGAAAGCUGUUCCUCCCCUUCUAAAACCAGAGGACCUGUGAGAACCCCUGUGUGGUAAUGCCUGUGCCUGGCCCCAUUAUGCCCUUUCUGACUGAGGAAAGUUUCCCAACAAGGACUUUUGUACCACAUCUGUAUGCCAGGAUCAUCAUGAAACAAUGUUUAUGCAGUGACCUAGUAUCCAUUGGUCUUGGAGUGCACCCUCUGUGUCUCUGAAUACAUUUUGCUGUCUGAUUUGGGAAUUUUCUGACAAUCAUAUUUGGUUGCAAGUUGCCAAAACCACAUUUGUUCUCUUUUUCCUUUUCUUAAAAUGUGCUCCUCAGAGCCUGCCUUUUCCAUUUAUUGGCUGCUCUUUCUUUUCUCUCUGUUUUGUUAGCGUAUGUGGAUUUUUGUUAAGCCCUAAAACCUUACUCAUUUUCUGUUUCUUUUAUAAAGCUCAGGUGCCCAGGGAAAUCUCCCCAAAAUAUUUCUGGAUCCCUUUCUCUGGUGUCACUAGGGGGCUGGUAGGGAAUUCCAAGAUGCCAGUAUCCUGAGAAAUCCUUGAGUCAUCAGUAAAUAAGAUCUUUUCCUUAAGGGCUUCUUUGACCUCCAGAGCACAUUGUGCAUACUCAUCCAUGUUUGUCGAAUGUGGAAACUGGUCCUGGAAGGGAAUCCCAAGAACAGUUCUAGAAAUGAUUUUUGCCUGUGUUGUGACAUGUGUUUUUCCUGCCUGCCUGUUGACAAGUGACUGGGUUGAAUGUCAGGUGCUUGGCCUCUGAUGCUUGGUUAACGGCAGGAGUAGCUUCUCCUUUGUUACUGCCUUAUUCACGUGUCACCCAAAUAAGGCUUGGGUUUUUCACAUCAUUUCUGAGAUGAAGUGUAACUAACUAGAGCAUUUCUUUGGUUGGUACAGGGAGUUAAAAGUUACCAAUCUCUAAACCGUGGCAUGGACAUAGGAGAUGUUGGAAUAAGCUCCACUUAAGUGUGUAUUCUUGGUGAUUUCUCAUUAGUGGAAAGAAGAUUUUUGUUUUGCCUUUAGGAGUUACAUUUCAAAACACUGCAUUUUCUAUCCCCACAGUCUCCUUUUUCUCGUUAGUGUUUCCUAAGCACAAGCCUGCUGCAGCUGGCCCCAAGUCCUGGCUUUCAGCCAGCUCUUAGCAGUCUGCCUGAUGAGUGGGUUUUCUCCUGUUGUGUCAUGUUGAAUCCUGUCCCCUAAGCCAUUAGCUUUUACAGUGUGCUCUUGGUGGGAAAGACCCCUGGUGCCAAGCCCAGGCAGGGCCAGCUGACGGGGACGGUUUUAUGUUCCAGAAACUGCUCCGUGUGCUCCCUUAGAUGAAGAAGCUACCAUGUGCCUACUUCUGUGGUAUCAUCCAGUUACUCAUAGCUCAGCCCUUUGCUUUCCAGACUCCCUGCCCUGGGGCUGUUACCAGUCCUUUGGCAGACUGUUAGAUGAUGCGCAGUAAGAGAAAGCUAGCCUAGAAGGUUAGCAGCUUUGCUGAAACUUGUUUAUGACAUUGUAUCUGUGCAUGGACAGUGCCUCCAAACUCAAUUCCUAUUGAAAUAUAAAGUAUUUGGAGGCCUGGAAGUCCAGAAUGUCAACUGUAGUCUUUCCCUUUGUCCUGUGGCCUUCCCAAACUCGCUGUUACUGAUUCCUUCUACUUCCCCAAGUAGGCAGGCAUCAGAGAUGAUUCGUUUAGAAAGUAACCCAGCUCCUCACCUCCAUGGCAUCCCAGUAUUACACCACUCAGAACCAGACUGUCCAUUUACCUGCUUUUAAGAAGAAUCUGCCUCAUCUGCACCCUGUGGUAUUGGUCUUGGUGACUCCUGGGCACCAUGGGCAUACACCUUGGGGUGUGUAACUCAACACAGUCAAGGUGAUUGUCCCCUCAGGUCCUUGUGAAGCCGCAUGUGCAGUGGAACUUCAAGUGUCCCGGCUGAGGUGAGCAUUUCCACAAUGCCUUGGAGGUCAGGUCAGAUUUAACCACAACUCUGGUUUCAACAUGAUGCCAGUUUUGUUCUUAAAAUUCACCGAGAGAAAUGGGACAAAAUAUUUUUUUAAACCCUCAGAAGCACCUAAAGCAAAUA